UUGGCUAGCCUCUGCCUCAUGGCCUAUUUAUAGCCCCCCAUAAACAUUCACUUCAUACAUCUGCACCUAUUUCAUCUAUCUCUUACACCAUUACAAGCUUCAAUAAUGGCGGAAUCACCAGAAUCUGAGCAUCCGAUCAAGGCCCAUGGAUAUGCUGCUCGCGAUACUUCUGGAAUACUUUCCCCUCUCACCUUCUCCAGAAGGGCUACUGGGGAGAAAGAUGUGAGAUUCAAAGUACUGUACUGUGGAAUCUGUCAUUCAGAUCUUCAUUUUGUCAAGAACGAAUGGGGUUUUACCACUUACCCUGUUAUCCCAGGGCAUGAGAUUGUGGGUGAGGUGACAGAAGUAGGCACCAAAGUGGAUAAAUUCAAAAUUGGGGACAAAGUGGGAGUUGGAUGCUUGGUGGGAUCAUGCAGAUCAUGUCAAAGCUGUGCUGAUGAUUAUGAACAAUACUGCCCUAAGCAGGUUCUCACUUAUGGUGUUCCCAAUUUCGAUGGCACAAAGACAUACGGUGGCUACUCAGAUCACAUGGUUGCAGAUGAGCAUUUCGUCCUCCGGUGGCCGGAGAAUCUGCCACUUGAUUCUGGUGCACCUUUGCUAUGUGCUGGGAUCACAACUUACAGUCCUUUGAGAUACUUUGGAUUAGACAAGCCUGGUAUGAAGGUGGGUGUUGUUGGUCUUGGUGGGCUUGGUCAUAUUGCUGUCAAGAUGGCCAAGGCUUUUGGUGCAGAAGUUACUGUUUUCAGCACCUCUCCUGCUAAGAAACAAGAAUCCAUUGAAGGGCUGAAAGCUGACCAUUUCAUAAACAGUAAAGACUCAGAACAGAUGCAGGCUGCUACGGGCACGCUUGAUGGCAUCAUCGAUACGGUAUCUGGAACUCAUCCUAUUGCGCCAUUGCUUAAUGCACUUAAGCCUCAUGGAAAGCUUGUUCUCGUGGGUGCACCAGAGAAGCCAAUUGAAUUAGCAACAUUUUCUUUGAUUAUGGGGAGGAAGAUUGUUGGUGGUAGUAACAUUGGAGGGUUGAAAGAGACUCAAGAGAUGCUUGAUUUUGCAGCAAAGCAUGGGAUAACCGCAAAUAUCGAGGUUAUACCAAUAGACUACGUUAACACGGCCAUGGAUCGAUUGUUAAAAUCCGACGUAAGAUACCGAUUCGUGAUCGAUGUCGCCAAUUCAAUCAAUGUUGCAUAGUCUGCUUUCUUUUAAGUUCUUGAUGAAUGUUUUUCUCUUCUUUGCGUGUCCGAUGAUGUUGUAAUAAGAUUGUAUGAUAUUGCUUAUUACUUAAAAAGACGUAAAAACCAUGUAAUAGUUGAAUUUUUGGUGUACACUACGUUUUUAAGUCCAUGUCCUUUAUUAAAA